AGUCAGUCUGAAAUAGUCAGUCCUACAAUACAGUUCACUUUUUGGCCCCAAUUAUGUCUAAAUUUUAACCUAACACAACAAAAUAGAAUUAAAGCCAAAUUUUCCAAAUAACAGUUAUUUUGUAGUCAGUUACGAAAUAAAAUUUGUUCAGCAUGUCUUUAUACCGGUUCUCAUCCAUCCAUUUGCGUAAACCCGUUUUAAGAGGACUAUCCUACCUGACGGACUGCAUGGACCGAACUCACUUGCCGAGUUCGCUUAGUAGCAUGCAGCGAAUUCCAUUCAGUAAGUCGGCUGACUCGGAGCCCCCAGAGGAGGCAAACAAGAGUAGCUGUGAAGAUAAACAGAAAAAGGAGAAGGAAGAAGCCGCCAAUAAAAAAAAGGACGAAGAAAAAUUACAGUUGCUGGAGAAGCAAUGCUUGGAGGCUCAAAAGAAAGCUUUGGAUCAGGAAAUGCAGUGUGCGGACAAAAAAGAUCAGAAGCUGAUGCAGAGCAUGAUGUCCUGUUUGACCGAGAGCAUGAAAAAGGCGUGCAAGAGAAUAGCCCAAAAGAAAUUCGGGGAAGAAAAAGCACUUGAAGCCCAGUGCGCAGAACUAGCUAAGAAUGAUAAAGUUAAAGGGUUAAUGAGUAAGUGUGCGGCGGAAAAUAAGCCAAAAGACGGUCAGGAUGGGCAGUCGAAGGAUGGGCAGUCCAAAGGUGCCCAGUCGAAGGAUGCGAAGCCCAAGGAUGAUGGAUGCUCUGGACAGAAAGAUCCAAUUGAAGAAAUUUGUUCUUCCUUGAAAAAACCUGCUGAAAAAACAGAUAAGGCUAAAAAUCGAUUUACGUUAAAAUUGGAAAAGUGCAUCAAAGGCGAAUGGGCCGAUGUCUGUCAGUGUCGAAGCAAAUUUACUAAGCAAGAGAAGGAAAAACUUGCGCAAUCUCACAAAUGUCUUGAGGCUGAAUUCAAGAAUGUCUGCAGAAAGAAGGUCUUGAAAGAAAUGUGUGAGGAAUCUGGACAAGGAAAGGAGAAAAAAAAUACCAAAAAAGAAGCAGAGAAACCAGAGCCGCAACCAAAAAUGGAUAAAGAACUAGAAGAACUGAUGAUGAAGGAAAAAAGUGAAGAAGAAGCUAAUAUAAGGCGUGAAGUGCAGGAGCUGAAAAAAAAAUGUAAGGAAGAAGCUGAGAAGAAAAAGUGCGCAGAAGCGGCUCAAAAAGAAAAGGAAGCGGCUGAGAAGAAAAAAUGCGCAGAUAUGGCCAAAAAAGAGGAGGAAGCGGCUCAAAAGAAGAAGUGCGCAGAUGCUGCUAAGAAAGAGAAGGAAGCAGCUGAAAAGAAGAAAUGCGCAGAUGCUGCUAAGAAAGAGAAGGAAGCAGCUGAAAAGAAGAAAUGCGCAGAUGCUGCCAAAAAAGAUGCCGAAGCGGCUCAAAAGAAGAAAUGCGCAGAUGCUGCUAAGAAAGAGAAGGAAGCAGCUGAAAAGAAGAAAUGCGCAGAUGCUGCUAAGAAAGAGAAGGAAGCAGCUGAAAAGAAGAAAUGCGCUGAUGCGGCCAAAAAAGAUGCCGAAGCGGCCCAAAAGAAGAAAUGCGCUGAUGCUGCUAAGAAAGAGAAAGAAGCUGCUGAAAAGAAGAAAUGCGCAGAUGCUGCUAAAAAGGAGGAAGGAGCGGAUCUAAAGAAGAAAUGUGCAGAUUCUGCUAAAAAAGAGGAAGAGGCUGCACAAAAGAAAAAGUGCGCGGAGGCGGCUCAGAAGGAGAAGGAAGCGGCUGAAAAGAAAAAGUGCGCAGAUGCGGCCAAAAAAGAUGCCGAAGCGGCUCAAAAGAAGAAAUGCGCAGAUGCUGCUAAGAAAGAGAAAGAAGCUGCUGAAAAGAAGAAAUGCGCGGAGGCUGCUCAGAAGGAGAAGGAAGCGGCUGAGAAGAAGAAAUGCGCAGAUGCUGCUAAAAAAGAGGCAGAAGCUGCUGAAAAGAAAAAGUGCGCGGAGGCGGCUCAGAAGGAGAAAGAAGCGGCUGAAAAGAAGAAAUGCGCUGAUGCUGCUAAAAAAGAGGCAGAAGCGGCUGAAAAGAAGAAAUGUGCAGAUGCUGCUAAAAAGGAGGCAGAAGCGGCUGAAAAGAAAAAGUGCGCAGAUGCUGCUAAAAAGGAGGCAGAAGCGGCACAAAGGAAGAAAUGCGCUGAAAUGGCUGAGAAGAAGAAAUGCGCUGAAAUGGCUGAGAAGAAAAAAAAUGCAGAAGCGGCUGAAAAGAAAAAGUGCGCGGAGGCGGCUCAGAAGGAGAAAGAAGCGGCUGAGAAGAAGAAAUGCGCAGAUGCUGCUAAAAAGGAGGCAGAAGCUGCUGAAAAGAAAAAGUGCGCUGAUGCUGCUAAAAAGGAGGCAGAAGCGGCUGAAAAGAAAAAGUGCGCGGAGGCGGCUCAGAAGGAAAAAGAAGCGGCUGAGAAGAAAAAAUGCGCUGACGCGGCUCAGAAGGAGAAAGAAGCGGCUGAGAAAAAGAAAUGCGCUGACGCGGCUCAAAAAGAGAAGGAAGCGGCAGAGAAGAAGAAAUGUGCAGAUGCUGCUAAAAAAGAGAAGGAAGCUGCUGAAAAGAAAAAAUGCGCGGAUGCUGCUAAAAAAGAGGCAGAAGCGGCACAAAGGAAGAAAUGCGCUGAAAUGGCUGAGAAGAAGAAAUGCGCUGAAGCGGCUCAAAAAGAGAAGGAAGCGGCUGAGAAGAAGAAAAGCGCAGAGGCAGCUCUAAAGAAAAAGUGUGCAGAGGCUGCUAAAAAGCAAGAAGAGGAAGCUCAAAAGAAGAAAUGCGCUGAUGCUGCCAAAAAAGAGGCAGAAGCAGCUGAAAAGAAAAAGUGCGCUGAUGCUGCUAAAAAGGAGAAAGAAGCUGCUGAAAAGAAGAAAUGCGCAGAUGCUGCUAAAAAAGAGGCAGAAGCUGCUGAAAAGAAAAAGUGCGCGGAAGCUGCUCAGAAGGAGAAAGAAGCGGCUGAAAAGAAGAAAUGCGCAGAUGCUGCUAAAAAGGAGAAAGAAGCUGCUGAAAAGAAAAAGUGCGCUGAGGCGGCUAAGAAGGAGAAAGAAGCGGCUGAGAAGAAGAAAUGCGCAGAUGCUGCCAAAAAAGAGGCAGAAGCUGCUGAAAAGAAAAAGUGCGCGGAGGCGGCUCAGAAGGAGAAAGAAGCGGCUGAAAAGAAGAAAUGCGCAGAUGCUGCUAAAAAGGAGAAAGAAGCGGCUGAAAAGAAAAAGUGCGCGGAGGCGGCUAAGAAGGAGAAAGAAGCGGCUGAAAAGAAGAAAUGCGCUGAUGCUGCUAAAAAAGAGGCAGAAGCUGCUGAAAAGAAAAAGUGCGCUGAGGCUGCUCAGAAGGAGAAAGAAGCGGCUGAAAAGAAGAAAUGCGCAGAUGCUGCUAAAAAAGAGGCAGAAGCUGCUGAAAAGAAAAAGUGCGCGGAAGCUGCUCAGAAGGAGAAAGAAGCGGCUGAAAAGAAGAAAUGCGCAGAUGCUGCUAAAAAGGAGAAAGAAGCUGCUGAAAAGAAAAAGUGCGCGGAGGCGGCUCAGAAGGAGAAAGAAGCGGCUGAAAAGAAGAAAUGCGCAGAUGCUGCUAAAAAAGAGGCAGAAGCUGCUGAAAAGAAAAAGUGCGCGGAGGCGGCUCAGAAGGAGAAAGAAGCGGCUGAAAAGAAGAAAUGCGCAGAUGCUGCUAAAAAGGAGAAAGAAGCUGCUGAAAAGAAAAAGUGCGCGGAGGCGGCUAAGAAGGAGAAAGAAGCGGCUGAAAAGAAGAAAUGCGCUGAUGCUGCUAAAAAAGAGGCAGAAGCUGCUGAAAAGAAAAAGUGCGCUGAGGCUGCUCAGAAGGAGAAAGAAGCGGCUGAGAAGAAGAAAUGCGCAGAUGCUGCUAAAAAAGAGGCAGAAGCUGCUGAAAAGAAAAAGUGCGCGGAGGCGGCUCAGAAGGAGAAAGAAGCGGCUGAAAAGAAGAAAUGCGCAGAUGCUGCUAAAAAGGAGAAAGAAGCUGCUGAAAAGAAAAAGUGCGCGGAGGCGGCUAAAAAGGAGAAAGAAGCGGCUGAAAAGAAGAAAUGCGCUGAUGCUGCUAAAAAGGAGAAAGAGGCUGCAGAAAAGAAAAAGUGUGCAGGGGGUGCUCAAAAAAAUAAAGGGGCAAAAGAAUCUCAAAAGAAUGGAAAAGAAGAAGCUCUUAAGAAUACGUGUAAAGAGGCAGCUCUAAAAAAUAAAAAAAAGAAGGAAGCUCUUAAAAAGAAACGUAACCAAGAAGCUCUUAAGAAAAAGUGCAAAGAGGACGCUCAAAAGAAAAAAGAGGCGGCUCAGAAGAAAAAGUGUUCAGAGGCAGCUAAAAAGGAGAAAGAAGCUGCCGAAAAGAAAAAAUGUGCAGAUGCGGCUAAGUCUGAUAAGGAGGCUCCCAAAAAGUAGUGUAACCUGCCAAGUCCUCUAGGUUUAAAAAAGACCAGCUGUUCUAAACAUCAGAAUCAGUACAGAAGAUAAAAUUUAAAAAACGGCAUGCAGAAUAAGUGAAACGCUCCUAGAAAAUGUUAAAAAUUUAGUAUUCUUGCCUUCACGCCUCGGUAGUAUUUGUAAAUAAAAUUUAUUUAGAACUUAAA